UGGAGUGGGCGUGUCUAGCUCUAGUCCAUGUAGCUGCUCGCUUGGGUGCCAUUGCAUCUGGGCCUCUGUGCUCAAUUCCUCACUGGCAGUGGCACUCUUGAGUCUACUGUUUGAAGUAGUGGGGAGAUUUCAACAGAGAUAGAAAUGGGUUACCGUACAUACAUGUUAUGUGCUUUCUUUCUUCUAUUUUCUAGAACAUUCAGGCAUGCCCAUGCAGUUUUCAAGUUGACAAGUGGAAAGGGUUGAGAUGACAUGACACCAACAGGACAGUGAUCAUGCCAAGAUUUCUCGGCAUUGAUUACCUCGCAGAGGCUGUUAAUCAUAGAAGAACAGCUCUGAAUCGGAUGCUCGUCACCACACCACAGCAUUUAGAGUGUGUUGAUUCCUAUCCUCAUAAUGGUCUCCUUGAAGAUUAUAUGUUUAGGCUGCCUUGGAAAAGAGCGAAAUGUGAUGCAAACUUUGAUGGCCAUACCACAGCUGAAAAUAUCUUCAAAGAACUUGCAUGGUUGAAGGAUCAAUAUCCAUCUGAUGAAUUGCAAAAAUGCAGUGAUACAAGUAUAAUGAAAGAUGCAAACUUUGGCACAACAGAAGUCGUCCUGAGUUCCAAUCCUGACUUGCCUCCUCCAACUAAAGACGACAUUUGGGAUGACAUUGCCAUUGGCAAACAAGGUCAAGGACUUGGAGAUAAGGAAACAUUUUAUAAAGAAGAGCUGGAGGUGUACUCAGCGGAGGAAGGAAAAACACCUUUUUUGUUGGAAGAUAUUGAAGAGGUAGAUAACCUGAGUGAGUUCAUGAACCACUUGCCUCAGUUGACUGAUCUCAUGGGAAGGUUAAGGCCAAAGACAGUCCAGGAUCCCUUUGUCGACAAGGAAGGAAGUCCAAUCAGCGAACAACUCAUCAUUCGGGACCAUGAGUUUGAUUUGUCUGAAACUUCUACCAUGGCUGAGAACCCUGAAGUCAAAGAAGAACAUCAUCCUGUCAAAGAAAUCUUUGAUAGGGAUUUCCUAUUGGAUGUACUGGAGGAACCAAUAGAAGAGGAGUUAAACUUGUUCAUAAAGGAGCUACCUGAAGCUAAUGAACUGACAAUCAAAGUAUUGGAAUCUCUUUCUCCUGUAAAUCUAGAGCCAAUCAUUAUUGAAGAUGACGAGGAAUCGGAGCAAGUUCAAGAAAUGAAUAGCCUCGCUGAGGAGCAUGAUAAACAACAGGUUAAGCCUCCUUUAGAAACGGUAGAUAUGUCGCCUAAUGACCUCACAAACUGUGCUGAUUUCGCUGCAAUGAACUCUGUAGGUGUGGAUGAUGACUGCCAAGAGAAGCCAUUACUACUGGAGUCUCCAAUUGAUGGCCACGGGAUACUUGAGGUCCAGGUUGAGACAAUUGGAGUCAAAGAUAUGGUGCCUUUUGAAGAAUCACCCAUCACUGGCCAUCAGUAUGUUUUGAGCCCUUCCAGUAGAGAUGAAAUAGAGCGCAAAUUGUGGAUUGCGGAGAAUUACUUCAGUGAUGUACUUACACUGGCCAGAUUACCAGAGCCUGUCGAGCCAAGGAGGAGGAAGGAGUUCAACAAUGUGAUAGCUGAUGCAAAAGGAAUGCUAUCCCUGAGACAGGACAGCGGCCUUGCUGAUGUUGAACUAGACCUUAACUGGGAUCCGAUUUCAGCAUCAGAGCAAGAGAUGAGGACGUUCUCCAAAACAGAAAUGAUGACCUAUUCGACUUUAGAUUGUUAUGAGUUAGAGGAGUGGAAGACACUCUUUGAGAAAUACGACAGAGCGUAUUUCAUUGAUUGGAAGGAUGAGCUGAUUCAGUGCAAGAUGCCGGUUGCUUCACAUCAGACACAAAAUAGUGAUGGAAUGAUGAGAACAGUAUCCAGAGACACUCCUUGCAGAGCCAAAGAAAAGUCUGUAUCAGAACUCGAAGUAUCACACCAAACAUCAGAUUCAGCAAAACAAACCAUUGCGAUCACAAAAACAUUGAAAUUGAGAGAAAAAGGUGCCAAUCCUGUCAAAGCAGAUCCAUCCAAUUUGAAAAGAUUACGGCUGCUUGAUAAUCCACUGGACAACUUCUUACUUAUGAGGGGUGUUGGAAAAUCAAGUGAGGCAUCUGUUUUGUCCACGCGUGUCCCUGAACCAAGGACAUCCAUGGUUGAGAAGCUAGAGCGGACACAUGUCAAUGUAUCAACUCCACCACUAACUCCAACUACGCCAAGCAGAGACCCAAAGAAACCCAAGACCAAGAGCAUAGAAGUCACAUUAACAGAUGAUUUCUCUACCAUCAUCCAUGCCAUUCACCUGCAUGCUGAACCACAUCUGACCGUCCUGAAGCUGAGGAACCUCAUACCAGCGAGUCAUAGGUUUGACAGUCUUACCUCGGAUGUGACGAGGUUUAUGCUCAAACAGCAUGAGAAAACCAUGCAAGAUUCACAAGAGGAAGAUCAGUAUGAUGACACGUACAGUGCUGUCGUGGUGUUGCAUGCUUUAGUGACAGCCACAGACUACCUCAUCCACUGUUGUCUUCAGUCAGCUAUCGCCAUACUAAGUGCCAUGCAGGAGAAGCACAAAAGUGUCCUUGGAGGUCUCCUCUCCACCCUUCGCCAGCAACUAUUCAAAUCCCAAUGCCGAUUCCAACAGGGGAAAGUACUUCAUCCAAAGGUGGCUGCAAUGUGUAGUAACAUCACUCACUGGUAUAAGAGGAAGAAACAGGUCAGCUUUGACCAAGAUCCAAAGAUCCUUGUUAUCCUGAGGAGGGACUUGUCAAGUCUUCGAGAAUGUAUUUGCGAGGCAUUGUCAGAAGUCAAAGACUUCCAGCCAUUUUCUAUCAAGGAGUUGCCUACUCAUCAAGAUGUGGUGGACAGUCUUGACCAUCACAACUGUAUCAUUGUGCCCUGCAACCAGAUUGGUUCUGAUUUCCAAUGGUCCCAGUUCUCAUUGGUCGUCGAAUAUGAGCAGACAGAUGACUUGACCCUGAAGGAACUGUGUCAGAGACAGAAUAUCAGAUACCUCUCCCUGAAGACCGUCAAGGGAGAAACGCUGACAACUAUUUGCCCUGAGAAAGGACUUGAAAAGGCUGCAGUUUCUCAGCACCAGUUCACAUUUAUUGGAUCAGAGAUGGUCACUGCCAAUACUGAACUACUUCAUCACCUUGAGGCCAAAUGCAAUAUAACCAUAAUUGAGAGAAUGUACAGCCAAGUCUCCACCAGCACUGGUCAUAAGUUCCAUCAUGCUGAUCUUGUGGUGGACGAGAGGACGUGCAUUGUGCUACAGAACGUUAGUAAUUUGGUAGAGGUUCACCAGAUGGAGCCACUGGUUGAGAAGAUUAUCGCCCUGAGUCUCAAGUAUGAAAAGUGUUGGGUUAUCGUCUUUUCUGCAACAACAGAGAAGGAGAAGACUAAAUAUAGUUUCGCUGGAAGCGUUGGUGGCAAUUUGUGUAAACUGUAUGGUACACUAUCACAAGUCACCUCGGACCAACUCAGCGUCCAGGUCAACUUUGUAAACAGUAUUUCUGGCAUUGCAAAGAUGAUAAGACGGAUUGGUGAUGUAUCACUGAAGGCUACAAGUGUUUGGGGCAAGCAGGACUGGGUGGAUAGGACUUGGCUUACUGAACAGAUGAGCGAGCAUGAAAAGUAUUUGCUUGCUCUCCCAUGGUUCAACACCCUGAGUGCCCAGAUUCUGCUGACUGCUGACACACUGUCUCAGCUGAUGAUGUUGUCUUUGAGUGAACUGAUUGAGAAAGUGCCAUGGUUACCUGAGAAAGUCCUGAAGAGUUUCCAUAACUUUUCACACCGGAGGUCUGGUAUCUCCCUUUCUAAGUACAUGUAUAUGCCACCAGUCAAGUGUGAUAUAUUAGAAGAUGGAAGACAAGUGGAAUCCGUUGGUAAUCAAGCUGGCCCAAAUGGGAAGACAUUUGGAUUUGAAGACAACAAACAAGACAUUGUCAUUCCUGACGUUCAAGUGGAAGUUGAAUGUGAUGAAACUUUGGGAUCGAAACAGAGCAUAGCAGAAGUUGUCUGCAGGUCUCCACUUGAUUUUAUUUCGAAUGGUUACAGUGCAAGGUCAAACAAUUAUGUUCCAAGUAAGAAUGGUGAGAGUGAUGAACUGUCUUCCAAAGAUAGGAUUAUGCAUGAUGUUCCUGUGCAGGGCCUCGCCAUUCCCCAGAGUGUUGGCAUCAAUAGUGAAACAGCAACAUGUAUGACAAAACAACGUGAUGUUGAAAACUUGAUGCAACAGGAUGACAAUGAAAUGGAGUAUAACCUAAGGGAAGAAAUGAACUAUUCAGACACAAUUUCGAGGACAUUCACUGCUCCUGGACAAAUUGAAUGUGCUACUCGCAGUAAGUUCAGAGACAGUUCAUCUAAUUUGUGGGAGAAAGUUGGUAGUGCAAACUCUGGUAGGUUUGACAUCUCAUUACCAAAACGACCAAAGCUAUUCACAGAUUUUUCUGAUAAGAGACUGUUGCAAUCAUCAGCAGGCAGCCGUACCCUGGCUAAAUCUGAUACCCAGGGAAGGGUCAGGUCUGCCUCUGAUCGGGGAAGAAGUUGUGUUGAAAGGUCUCAUUUGGAAUUGUGCAAUGAAUUUGACAAUGGCAGAUGGCCAAAGAAGUCGCAUCCUGUGAAAAGUGGGGCCUAUUCUGCGUAUUCAGCUACCAGUUCAGAGGGUUGUAGAUCUGAUGUAGAAUUACACAGGAGUAAUGCAGACAGUGCUGUUGAACAAUCAAGAGCCAAACAGACUGUGUACCAAACAAGUGGGAGGUCUGUGGCAGACAUGAUAGAGGAAGUCCGGCAAUCAAGAGAGAAAACGUCUCUGAAAGAAAACGAGAACCCAACUGUUUUAUUAAACAAAAAUCAUGGCUCCAUUCCACGUGAACGUGAGGGCUUGGCUCAGUUCCCUUCCAAACACAAGUUGUCGAGGACCAGUCCACCAUCGGUUUAUCUUGGUGCUUCUGAUAUGUCUCAGGUUAGCCAGCCCAAACAUGCUCAUCAGAAAUCAAUAGAACAUUCAACUACCCUUGGGGUGCAUAUACCUCUACCAAGCAAAAAGGCACAACCACUGAGGGAUGUCUUCAGUUCAAAACGAAGGCCUGCGUUUUGUGAUUCGGUGGGUCACAGCAGCAAGGAUAAUGUAAACAGGGGCGACCCAAUCAAAAGGGUUGCCUUUAUAAAACAGGAACCUAUUGACGUUGAAUCGCCACAGCCUGCUUCUGAUGGAAGAAACGCCAAGCAGAGAGACACUUCUAAUCAGUCACAUCCUGCUGUCUUGUCUCAUGCUAGCAGGCCAGGAGGACUAUAUCCUUUGUCAUGUACAGUGGAUCCUGCUAAUUCUUACCUUCAGCAACCAAGUUACACUUCAUCAUCCAUUCAAAUGCCCCCUGUGAUGAACCUCCAUUCUGGGAAUUCAUUUGAACAUUAUUCUAAUCCACAGAGAGAUCCUAGCAGGGGAACUGAGUAUGGUUAUUCAGUUGAUAGGCUCAAACCUACUGCUACUGCUGGUUCUUCUGAAAUUAAUCCUUCUGUUCGGUCGUCUGAGUCCUAUUCAAGCCAUAAAACCAAUAUGCCCUUCAUGACAGCACAUUAUACAUCUCACAGUCAGCACUCCAUAACCAAUCCAGCAAGGAAGAUCCCAGGAGUAGCCCCAGUCACACCAACAGUGAGGCGGCCAUUGCAAGCACUCGGUCUAGCAAUUGGUGGUAGUGAAGAGACUCUGCAGGACAGGCAGGGAGUGAGCUUGAAUCAUUCUUAUGAUUCCCCACCAAUGGACCUCAACUCGGAUGAAGAGAACUGUUCUGAUUUCUACCACCCAAGCCCAUCAAUUACUCCAGGCCAAAGAGUUGUGAUGACACCGCAGGUGUGGCUGAGGAAACGUCGCCUCAUAUAUGAAAAGGUUCCUGGAGCAAAGGAUGGACAGACAAGGCUCACGUUUAUCUGAUUUAUGGAGUGUGCGAGCUGCACCUCACCUCUAAGACUAGGUCCCUUACAGUUCUUGAGGAAUAGGUUCCACAUGGAAAGACUGACUAUGCAGCUGAAUAUGUGGUGAAAGUGUAGAAGACAGUGACCAUUAUGAGCAUUUUGUGUUGUUGGUGCUAGUCUUUGCAAACGAGUUGUACAAAUUUCCUUUUUGCCGAUGUUUUUUCUUAUUGUUCUUAUGUCUACUUUACAGACUUUUCUAUUUGCUGUUGAAAAUGUUGUUAUUUUGUUGAUGUGUCGUUUUCUA